CACAUGAUCCAAUUCUUUUAGUUGUUUACAGUAGUAGAAAUAAACUGUUGUUGUUGUUGUUGUUUUAGAAACAAAUAUUUCACGGCAUGGCGUCCCUCGCAGAUGCAGAAGAGGUGUUACGUUCGACCAGUGCUAAAGCAAAUUUUCAACGGCUAACACGACUUCUGAUGUGCGGAGGACUGAGGCUGUUAAGGGAGACAUUUGAUUCCAUUCACUCACCAGCUGAUCUUCCCUUGAGACUAAGUGAUGCUGCCAUAAAGACACAGCUGAGGGGAGCGAGACUUACCAAACCGGAGUGGGAUUGCCUGUACCCAUCCGCAGGUGUGUAUGGCAAAUCGACCGAUUUCGACAUCACUUUAACCUUCAGGUUAUUAAGGACAAUAUGCAACCUCACCCCUCCUCCCGGGCCCAGAGGAUGGGAUGUCUUGCCAAAAAGCUCAGACCAUAGUCUUGAGGCAGAUCUAGUACGUAUCAAUUACUACCGUAAUGAAGUAUAUGGCCACAGCAAGACGAUGGAAAUAACUGACACCGAGUUUAAUGACCUUUGGGGGAAAAUAAGCGAGGUCCUGAUGAGAAUUGCUGCAAGGAGAAGUCCUGAAAAGAAAGAUGAGUGGAAGAAGUCCAUUGAUGGUUUUCUUCGUAAUGCGCUAACACCAGGAGAGGAAAGGUAUAUUGAAGAACUCAAUACGUGGUACAAGCAAGACAUGGAUGUUAAAUCUGAGGUGGAGAAACUUAAAGAAGAGUUUAAAAUUCAGAUGGGCGAUUUAAAAGAGGAGGUCGCUAAACAGUCUCAGCGACCAGUGACAGUCAUAGUUAACGUUGUUGUGAAUAUCGCUGAGAGUAUCAAACGGACUGGAUCAUCUGGCAGGCCCCAGAUCCCUCACGAAUCUGGCGAGUCACAAGGGAUAUGUGCAAUACCUGUCCUUGACCAAGAAGAGAUGGAGGGUACUUCUGACUCUGGAAAACAACUGGCUACCCCUACAGAGAUACGCAUCUGGACCGUGAUUUUAUCAUUUAAAAGAUCUGUUGAAUUGGUCUUUCAAUACCUGAGAUAUACACUAAAGGCUUUUGUGCGUAAACAUGAUGUGGGUAGUUUGCUAAUAACAGUUGAAUGCAGCUCAUUGCAGAUUCUGGAAGGACUGUGGGAAGAUUACAGCAGCGGCCAUCUCAAUGCAAUCGCCCAAGAAAUUCUUGUAACAGCAGAGGUAUUGGAGAAACUUGGCCUUGAUGACGUGAGGUUGAAAACCUUUAUUUCUGAGGAGGAGUACCAGAAAGGCAAACAGAUCUUCAUGGACCAUUCAGGUGAGUGCGUAGUACAGGAAACUUUGAUUUAACGAACCUCUAUAUAUAACGAAGUCCUCGGUAUAAAUAAACA